AUGGGAAUUCCUAGAAGUCAAGUCAGGACUGCAAGGCUGCAUUUAGAGCCAAACUUCCGCAAGUACGGUAUCAAGCCCAAAUUUCAAAGCUGUCAUAGUUUCCGGAAUCCGAUGGAAGGUCAGCUGCGAGUGCUAGGCACCCAAGUUUGAACGUUGAGGUAUAACCUCAGAUGCGGACAUCUUGAGACAAGGUUGAGGUAUAGCCUCAAAUGCUGACAUGGACAUGUUGAGGUUGAGAUUCUGAUGACCUUGUGAUGACCAUGAUAACGAUCUAUAUAUGUGGUGGGAUCUAUCAGCUCCGGAAGGACGGUUGACCUACGAAUAUGAAUACUUACUGGAGAAGACUACAUGGACGUGUUGUGU